CGUGUAUUCGACUCUAAUCUUGCUAGUUUUAUAUCAUCUCGUUCGAAGUCCAUAUCACAUUUUUCACGAAUGUAAUUUUUUAUAGUGCACUUCUUUUUGUAAUCAGCAAUUGAUUAAACGCAAAUUCAAUUUUGUACGUACUAUUCCUACAACAAUAUAUUUAGUAGACAAAUAAACGGAAAAAGAACGGAAGGAAGCAAAAGGGAAUAUUAUACGUCGACGGGAGUUAAAAAAUGACUGAACUUCGAUUUCAAUGUGGUUACACUAAGAAACGAUCAACGUGUGCGAUCACAUAUCGACGUGCAUAUAACAUAUUAAACAAGCACCCAAUGGACAUCCAGUUUGUGCGGCAUCGCAAGGUGUUUGGCCAGUACACAAGAUAAAAGGAAAAAGAAAAACAAUCGAGAGAGUAGGAGUAAGGAGGAAAGGGUGGAUGAGGAGAGGGAAAGAAAAUAGAGGGAGACAUCGUGGUGAUCCGAUCGCGUUUUCGACUGAGUGCGCUGUUGUGUCGUAAUAAUGAGUAAGGACGCGUACGAGAGUUUGCCGACCACCUCAGCGGCUGUACAUAUGACGGCCGGUGCCGUGGCUGGGAUUAUGGAGCAUUGUAUUAUGUAUCCUUUCGACAGUGUUAAGACAAGGAUGCAGUCACUGACACCCGGCCCAGGAGGAGGAGGAGGAAUAGGCAAAGUGUUGUUCAAAAUGAUACAACAAGAAGGUGUAUUAAGACCAAUUAGAGGUGUGAAUGCAGUAGUUUUUGGAGCUGGACCUGCACAUGCUUUAUAUUUUUCUUGUUACGAGUGUCUUAAAGACAAGUUUAAAAGUACAAGACCUGCGAUGAAUCAUUUUGUAUAUGGAGCUGCUGGUUGUGUAGCAACAAUUUUACAUGAUGGUGUCAUGAAUCCAGCAGAAGUGGUUAAACAGCGGUUGCAGAUGUACAACUCUCCCUAUAGAGGUGUACUAAAUUGUAUACAGAAUGUAUAUCAAAAGGAAGGAAUAUCUGCAUUCUACAGAAGCUAUACGACUCAAUUGGCCAUGAAUGUGCCUUUUCAAACUAUUCAUUUUAUCUCCUAUGAAUUCGCACAGUCUAUUACUAAUCCGCAACGUGUCUACAAUCCAACAGCACAUAUUGCAUCUGGUGCGGCAGCAGGUGCUAUUGCGGCUGCAGUGACAACUCCUCUAGAUGUUUGUAAGACAGUGUUAAAUACACAACAAGACGGUGCAAAAGCUCAAGGAAUGAUAGAUGCAUUUAAGCAGGUUUACAGGCACGGCGGCAUAAAAGGGUACUUUCGAGGUUUAUUUGCCCGUGUUUUAUUUCAAGCACCAGCCACUGCCAUUUGUUGGAUGAUAUAUGAAUCAUUCAAGUAUACUUUGCGUGGCCAAAAAGAUAAGGAGCACGACGGUACCGAUACAGACAACGGCGCAACAGGAAUUAAUCAGAAUUCUCCAACACUUGCAUCCAGAUCUAAUAGUUUUCAAGGUGCAGGUCUGUACUUCAACAAUCACACCUCGUCACCCGUAUUAUUUAAAGUGACUACGAGUUAGAUACGCGAGAAAUUGUAUUAACAGGCGAUCGCUCGAGAGAAAGAGAGUGACAUGCAGGAAGACAUACAGCAGAGAAGGAAAAAGAGAAAGACGGCUAUCGUGUUUUCUAUAAUACAAGAGUUUAUCGACAAUUAUAGUAUUUUAUUGAUUCGUUUAAUACACAAUGGCAUUUCUAUAUGCGUAUUUAAGUCACUACGAGAGGAAUUUCGACGUUUACUGAAAGACGAUGUCAAAUAAAGACAGUCUAAAUUGACAUGAUAAUUUUUUGAAUAAUGAUGAUGAUGAAGGAUAUUGCUUCAUAUAAGCUGCAUUCGGAGAGACACUAUUUGGCGCUAAAAGCGUCUUCUGUCCCUGUUCAAUUUUCAGUAAGUAAUAAGGAUUCCUUUUAGCUUUUAGCGCCAAAUAGUGUCUCCCCGAAUGCAGCUAUAAUAAUAUUAAUGUUACAUGCUAAAGCAGAUGAUGAUCUUAUGUCACAUAUUUAACUUAUUUGUUGAAUUUUAACUAUAUCCAGUAAAAAAUGAUUAAGUUCAACAUACAAAAAUAUAAAUAUAGAAGUAAACUUUAUUUGAUCACACUUUAUAUUGCCAUAUUGUAUAAUCUUUUAAUAGAUACAGUUUUCAGCAUAUACGCGGGAUCAGUAUGAAAAUAUGAUAUUGUUUUAGAAUAACCGCAUAAAGUGAUUUUAUUAAUUAGCAACUUUAAGUUUGGUGAGAUAAUCAUUAAUCAUCUAUUUCAUCUGUUUUCAUUAUGUAAUCAUUAUGUAUUCAUUAGUAAUCAUCUGUUUUCAUUCUGUUGGUUACCAACAAAUGUAUAAAAUUCAAAUAAAAUGCUAUUAUCUAUUGUA